GAGGACGUGCCAAUGGGGCAGUUUGCAGCUAAAGGUAAACCAAACCAAGAUGUCCGUUUCUCAACCAACGAAGAAGGCCCACCCAGGUACUCGUCACACCACUUUGAUAGCACCUUAAAUCGAAACCAUGAYCUUCGAAUUCCUCCAACCAUUGUUGUCUCCGAUGAAGAGUCGAGCAGUUCCUCUCAGCGCCACGGCUCCAGGGCAGAGUUGCGCAGAGCCUCUGUCUACAGCACCAUGGACCAAGGGCCCCAGUUGGGAAAUUAUGCCAAUACCCUUCCACGUCAGACAAACAAAAACAGACCGACCCUUGAGACGCUCCGCAAAACAUCUGAACUGGUGGAAAUGGAUGGUGUCUACUCAGACUCGAGCAGUCUGCCAGAACCAGAUCUUGACAAUGAAGAGCCUCAAGGUCCCCCGAAGAAAGCACCAAUUAGAUUUGGCUGGAUAGUUGGAGUAAAGAUUCGUUGCAUGCUGAAUAUUUGGGGGAUCAUCAUGUACCUCCGUCUGACCGUGAUCACCUCUCAGGCAGGCAUUGUGUUGUCRCUUGUUAUAAUCGUCAUGGCUAUUAUGGUGACGAUUCCAACUGCGUUAUCAAUUUCUGCCAUUUCCACCAAUGGGCGGGUGGUCUCAGGUGGGGCAUAUUUAAUGAUCUCCAGAUCUCUGGGUCCUGAAAUUGGAGGAGCCAUCGGGUUGCUUUACGCCUUUGGCAAUGCACUGGCUAUUGCACUCAAUACUGUUGGCUGCUCACAGGUUAUUCGCGAUUUAAUGCAGAGUUUCAAUGUGACCAUUGUCAAUCCAUCGGACGAUGUUCGUAUCAUUGGUGCGAUCACUGUGACCAUACUUCUGUUUAUUACACUGGCUGGAAUGGAGUGGGAGUACAAGGCCCAGAUGAUUUUCUUUUUUUUUCUUUUACUCUCCCUUGUAAACUACUUUGUGGGCACUUUAAUCUCUCCUCCUGUUUCAAAACAAGCAUUGGGCAUAUUUGGAUACAGAGCUGAUAUCUUUGUGGACAACCUAUUACCAAGCUGGAGAGGAUCCCAAGGAAAUUUUUUCAGAAUGUUUGCUGUGUUUUUUCCCGCUUGCACUGGCAUUCUGUCUGGAGUCAACAUCUGUGGGGAUCUUAAAGAUCCUGCAUCUGCUAUCCCUAAAGGAACCCUGUGGGCCAUUUUCUGGACAACAUUCAGCUACGUGGUAAUAGUAGUAACUUCUGGUUCAUGUGUGGUACGUGAUGCUUCAGGGAAUAUAAGUGACAUCAUCACUGGAAACAGCACUGAUGGUUGUGUGGGAGUGGCAUGUAAACUGGGCUGGAACUUCACACAAUGUGUCGAGUCCCAGGCCUGCAAUUAUGGGCUGGCCAACAAUGUGAAUGUGAUGGGGCAUCUUUCUGGUUACUACUACCUCAUCCAUCCUGGUAUUUUUUCAGCCAGCUUGUCCUCUGCUCUUGGAUUCCUGGUUUCUGCACCAAAAAUCUUUCAGUGUUUGUGCAAGGAUCAGAUAUACCCGUACAUUUUUUUCUUUGCCAAAGGUUAUGGAAAAAAUCAUGAGCCCCUCCGAGCGUAUCUUCUCUGCUACCUCAUUGCCAUGGUCUUCAUUAUUAUUGCGGAUUUGAAUACCAUUGCCGCCCUGAUCUCCAACUUCUUCCUGUGCUCCUACGGCCUUAUAAAUUUCAGUUGCUUUCACGCUUCUAUCACAAAUUCCCCUGGGUGGAGGCCAGUGUUUCGCUACUACAACAAAUGGAUAUCUCUAUAUGCAACAGUGAUCUCAAUAGUUCUCAUGUUUCUGUUCACCUGGUGGGCCGCUCUGGUCACCUUAGCUAUCGUCUUCUUCCUCUUUGGAUAUGUCAUCUACACAAAACCCAAAUCAAACUGGGGUUCAUCAGUCCAAGCAUCAAGAUACAACAUGGCCUUGUCGUACUCCGUCUCUCUGACGGGUGUGGAGGAUCACGUCAAGAAUUUUAGACCACAAUGUCUUGUCCUGACUGGACGCCCAAAUCUACGACCUGCUCUGGUGGACUUUGUUGGUUGCUUCACGAAAAACGUCAGCCUCAUGAUUUGUGGAGACAUCCUAAUGGAGCAGGACAGGACCACACUGUCUCAAGAUGCUUCAGACAGCUUGGUUAAGUGGUUGAAUAAGAGGAAGGUUCGGUCGUUUUAUACUCCGCUUUCUGCUGAAAGUCUCAGAGCAGGAGCUAAACACUUGUUAGAGGCAUCUGGUCUUGGCAAAUUAAAACCCAACACUUUGGUCCUGGGCUUUAAGGGAAACUGGAGGGAGAGUGCUCCUGAAAGCAUUGAGGAUUAUAUCAACACCAUUUAUGAUUCCUUUGACUCCAACUACUGUUUGUGCAUUUUGAGGAUCGUGGGUGGGCAGGAUAUCUCUGAAGAUAUAGAAUGUGAAGUAAACCAGGGUUUUGAGCCUGAUGAAACAAUAGAAAACCAAGACCAGCAAACUAAUAAUGAGGACGUAGCUGAUAACAUAUCUGAUGAAGGUGACAUUGACCAGGUCCAAACAGUGUUUCAAAGUAACCAGGGCAAGAAGACCAUAGACAUCUAUUGGAUUGCAGAUGAUGGAGGUUUGACAUUGCUGGUGCCUUACCUGAUCACCAGGAGAAAGCGCUGGCAAAAAUGUAAAAUCCGAGUUUUUAUUGUGGGAGAUGAAGAGAACAUAGAGGAGAGCCGGAAAGAGAUGCUCUUGCUGCUGAACAGGUUCCGUCUGGACAUCAGUGAUGUUAUAAUCAUGACAGACAUCGAGAAACGCCCUCACUCCAAGAGCCUGGAAAGGUUUGUGGACAGUGUCGCCCCCUUCAGGCUGUAUGAUGAACAGCAGGAAGGCGUCUCGGUGCAGGAACUGAGACAAAAUGCUCCUUGGAAAAUAUCUGACAAAGAGUUUGAAGCCUUCAAACWAAAGUCGCAGAGUAAAGUGAGGCUGAACGAAAUCAUGCGAAAGAAUUCACAACAUGCUGCUCUUGUUUUUGUGAGCCUUCCGGUGCCUCAGAGUGACUGCCCCAGUGCUCUGUACAUGGCCUGGUUGGACACUCUGACCUGUGGUCUCUACUGCCCUGCUGUGUUAAUACGAGGAAACCAACAGAACGUCCUCACCUUCUAUUGUCAGUAAACAAACUCCGUGAUGAAUGGAGGAAUAUGGAUAUGGAUAACUUGGGGCCAUGACUUUAGAUAGCAUGUGUUAAAAAGGCAUGUCAAGAUUUAUAGCUACUAUCGAUCAUGAAGAGCUACAAGAUAUUUAUGCAGAUGUCAGAUAAUUCCUUUCAACAUGACAUAAAUCCCUGGGCCAUAUGGCUCAAAAAUGUAUCAUGAUAUAAAAGUAUAAUAUCAGUCAAUUUUGAUAAUUAUUAAUUUUUUUUGUUUUACCUAUUUGAAAUGGCUGGGCUGUCCCUUUGCCUACAUUCCCCAUAAUGCCAUGUGGUUCUGAAUCAGAGUUCAUUGAAAUGAUCAACAAUCUAUUGGGCAUAUUUUCUAUUGAUAUGACAAUAUACAGUACGUAUGUUAAUGUUUUCUACUGAUAUUGAUCAUGUGGCUAUGGCUGUAGUUGUCAGUCUCAGUUUUUUAUAUAAUUCUAAAAUAAAGAGAAGACAGAUUCAGUGACCCAACUGGUGCUGAUGUACCAAAACCUGCCACUACAUCAGCUUUCCUGGAACUCUUUAAGGGGUAUAAACAAUAUAAGUAUUUAUAGUCAAUCUAAAUGGGCAGCCAUUUCCACCAGUUGUUUUAUGCUUUCAAACAUUUAUAGUUCAAAUUCAGUAAUGCUAUGUGCAUCAAAAUAAAAUGAGGAAAAUGCAAUAUUAUGUAGAAAAACAUAGGAGGUACAUUGAGGAAAAACACUUUAAUUUAGUAAAGUGCUGGACAGCAUCAUUAACAUAUUCAGGUUUUCAUUAAAUACUUUAUUUUUUACAUUACUGUUGACCAGUGAUUAUUGGUUCUUGCACAGCUUUCUGUAACUAUUAUUAUUAUUAUUAUUAUUAUUAUUAUUAUUAUUAUUAUUAUUAUUAUUAUUAUUAUUAUUAUUAUUAUUAUUAUUAUUAUCUUCCAUUUUGUAUUCCUGAAAUCAAACUGUUCUUACUGAUGGUCUAUUUUAACUGCAUGUUGCACUAUUGCACAAACACCAACUGGUGAAAAUAAUGUCCAACCCUAUUUUUAUAUUAUCAGGUCUUGCCCACUUCUGUAUAUGCAAAUGUCACUUUACCCCCUGCUGACAUGCAAACAGCAACCAGUUGAGCAGCUGGUUUUAUUGAAGUUGCUGCAUUUUUAUUCUAACAAUAAAGACUCUUCCCAAGUCACCAAAACCCUUUUGACGAUUAACUUUUUUUUUUUAAAAUUCAUCUAAUUUGCAUGAUUUUAUGAUUCAUUUGGCCCAUUAUGUAUGUGACAAAGGAAAGGAAAAUUUUAUUUGGAAGCAUCUUCAUAAAUUUUAUUUUUUUGCUUUUACUUGUCAUUAGUAAUAACAAUGGUUCAUUGUUCUUCAGUAUAGUUAGUUGUUAUUAAAUCAAAAACAUAUAACCCUUUAAAAACCCAGACCCAUUUUAUUUUUCAUGAUUAGUGUCACGGUGGGUCCUUAUGGGUUAACUUUGCUUCAGAUAUAAGAUGUAUCUUGUGUUGAUUAGAUGUUUCUGUUGAUUCAAUGAUUAUCCGAUUUGUUUAGGACAGAAAAUUAUGUUAAGUUAAAAAAAACCCGCAAUGCCUUUUUGUUUGUUUCUGUUUCUUUUCAACUUCAUACUUAGGUACAUGUURUACAUGUGUAUUUUAUUUGUGUAAUAAAGUUCUUGUGUAUUUUCUAAGAUGUUAAAAAAAGAAUGUGACAAAUAUUCUAAGGAGUGACAGCUGCUGUAGCUCAGUAGUCAGUGCUGUCCUUGUUAUUUUGAGGCUGCAGGUUUGAGGCCAGGUUGCAUCAGGGAGAGCAACUGGCAUCAAACAAUCACUAAAUCUUUUAUUGCGCUAACCGUGGAGACCCCUGAAGACAGGAGGGGAGCUGCCAAAAGCUCAACAUUUGAAGGAACAAGAGUUUCUGUGAAAUCUGAGACUUUUCGUGACAAUAUGGCGUGAGGAAGCCUCUCUUCAUGACUGCUGACCAAAAGUCAUCUUUCAGUAACUGUUCUCUCUCUCUCUAAAGAUCAUUCCGAUCUCACUGUAUCUUGAUUAUUUUAACACCUGUACAUCUGAGGCCAUACACUUAGAGAUCUAAUCAAGUAGAGACAAAAUGUUUGCAUUUUCAAACUCAAUAAAAACUGAUUCAUGCAAAAAUGAAA